ACCCGUCAUGCCCCUCGUAAGCGUCUUCAUCUCCUCUCCCGAUGCUCAAGGAGAACGCCGAUUUGACCCUUUCAUCACUAUCGAAGCUCUGAAAGAAAAGUUACAUCCCGUCACUGGUAUAUCUCCACAAUAUCAGAUCCUCCGACUGUAUCCUUCACUCGAAUCGUCACCCGUUCUGGCCACUUUCGACGAUGAGAAGAAGAGUUUAGAGGAAUAUGGGGUGAAGGACGGGAAUUGUAUAAGGGUGGAGAAUACCGAUCCUUCAGCUCGACCAGGAGAGUAUAGCGAUUUGACGGGAGUGGACAAAUUCGAACUUACGCAUGAGGAAUAUGAAGCUAGGUCUGACACUGUCCUAGCCCACCUCAAAGCGAACAAACUCGGUCGGUUCGCUCCUACACCUACCAACCUUUCCCAAGCCCCUCCACCACCAACCUCCGUUCCUCCAGAGAUUAUCACCGGAAAGCGAUGUGAGGUGAUAUCUUCAGAAGGAGACAUGGCUAGACGAGGAACUGUGAGAUUCGUCGGUGAGGCUUCUGUCGGCAGAGGUGGCGUGUGGGUGGGUGUAGAGCUGGAUGAGCCCGUCGGGAAAGGUGGUGGCUCGGUGAAUGGGAAGAAGUAUUUCGAAUGUAGACCAAAACACGCAGUUUUUGUUCGACCAGACAAAGUACGCGUUGGAGAUUUCCCGGAGGAAGAUCUGAUGGGAAGUGAUGAGGAGAUAUAAUACCAUUUCAUCGAGUGACUAAGUAGACAGUAAGUAGGGACAGACAUAUCUACUUGCAUCUUUAUCCACCGUAUACGAUGUAUCUUCCUUCCUUAGAUUGUAUUU